AACGGAAACGACCGAUUGCCACGUUAGCACAAACGUGCAUUACACAGGUGUAUUUAGGAACAAGAUUUACUUUUAAAAGAGUAACAUUUGUAACUUAAUUCAACAUGGACUUUUCCUAUAUUUUAUUUCUUAUUUAUUUAACCUACUUAACAACUGUAGAUUCAAUUAGAUUUUAUGUAGCCCCAAAUCAAAAGAAGUGCCUUCGAGAAGAAAUUCACAAAGAUGUCUUAGUUACCGGUGAUUAUGAGUUAUCGGAUGCGCCAGGUCACAAGUCUCAUCUUAUUGUUACAGAUACUAAAAGUCAUAUCCUUUAUUCAAAAGAAGAUGCUAAAAAGGGCAGAUUUGCAUUUACAACAGAAGAGUAUGAUAUGUUUGAAGUAUGUGUGGAAACAAAGAUGCCAGGAGGUGGUCAAGGUGUUGACCGGGAGGUUUCUUUGGACAUGAAACAUGGAGUUGAAGCUAAAAGCUAUGAAGACCUUGCGAAGGCAGAGAAGUUAAAGCCACUUGAAGUAGAACUAAGGCGACUGGAAGAUCUGUCAAAGUCAAUUGUCGAUGAUUUUGCAUACAUGAGGGCAAGAGAGGAGGAGAUGAGAGAUACAAAUGAAUCAACCCAUUCAAGAGUGAUGUACUUCAGCAUAUUCUCCAUGUGCUGUUUGUUAGGCUUGGCUACCUGGCAGGUGCUUUACCUGAGGAGGUACUUCAAAGCCAAGAAACUGAUUGAGUAGACAAGUUAUCCUGGUCAGCAUUUGUCAUCCCUUACAUCACGAGACGUCAGCCAAUAACACACUCAUUGAAACAUUACUUGUUUUAACUCUCACUUCACCUAAACUUCUUGUUUACCAUAUUUUUAGGAGACAAAAACAGUUUCGUGUUUCAGUAAAAAUUCCCAAAUAAUACAAAAUUUAUAAUUAUUUUUACUAAACUUUGUAUUUAGUAACAGUAAUGUUCUUGAAAAAUCAAAUACUUCUUGCUGAGAGUUGGCUGCUUUACUUCAAUUUAAAUUGUUGAAAAGAUCUCAAAGCAAAAUAAUGGAUUAGAUCUAAAGUCCUUAUGUGUUUUGAUCAAAACAUAUUUCAUCUUGUAUAUAAAAAGACUACUGCACAAAGAGACAUUUUCAUCAUCAUGGCCCUAUAUGUACAUACAUACAUAUAGAUAUGUAUCUAUAUGUACAUACACAUGCCCUACAUUUUCAGUAAUAAUGGAGUUGGUAGAUAUUCUGUAUAUAUUUAAUACAUUAUUUAAUAGAAAAUUAACUAUUGAAAUAUGUUAUGCUGGUGCAUGUUACGCUUCCGGUUCAUUUGAUAUAGAACUUUUGAGUUUUCUUUAGAGCAUGUUUGUUUUAUAAUUUAUAGAGGUGGAAUGUUGGUGAACAUUAUAAAAUUUAGUCCUUUCCGAAGUUUCUCCCUUUCAAGGAAAUGUAUAUUAUGCUGUUAUGUAUGCUUAUCAAUGUGAAAUGAAUGUUUAGACUGCCUAACUCUCAUCUUGUACCAUUUGCAAAUUUGUCAAGAUAAAACUAUCCAGGAAUGUACAAAUUAAAUAUUAUCUUGAGUCUAGAUUAAAAAUACUUGUAUUUAUAAUCUAAGGAACGACUAUGUAUAGUUUAUUGAUUUUCCGAAAGUAUCUUAAAAACUUGAUUAUGGUUUAUGGUCUCAAAAUCUGUGGAUAUCACAUUCUAUACUUUUCUUAUUACUCAACUAUGAGAUGUACACAAUGAUUGGGUUGGGAAUAUUUAUAUAUUUGUAUGUUAUAUAUAUAUAAAAAUGCAGAAACCUGGUGGUUUUGGGGUGGGGGAAGAGGGUCACUAUAUUAAGCAAGGAUAUUUUUUAAAAUACAGGUUAUCCAUUUUAAGAUAUUUUAGGUUUACAGUGGAAUUAUUUGUUGAAUAAUGGUACGAGUGUAUUUGAUGAACACUAGUCUAUGCAGAUCCUAUUCAGCAGGAUCUUUCCACAGGUUUUCUUGCAUUAUUAUUUUCUGUUGUGGAUGAAAAGAUUUCCAUGUUGGGGUUUUUCUCUUUUUGUGUACACGUGUGUUGCUGUAAGAUACUAGUUAGAAGAAAUAAAUAUUGUGAAUUAA